AUGGCUUUAUCAUCGAAGGGUUUGCUGUCUGUGGAUACUCUCUUGAGACACAUAGGCCCCUAUAAUGAUGUCCCAGAAGAAUACAACGUAGAUCAUGCUAUCGCUGCCUUAGAAAGCUCCAAAAUAUUGGUAAUCGGAGCGGGUGGAUUGGGAUGCGAGAUACUAAAAAAUUUAGCAUUAACAGGCUUUAAGGACAUAUAUGUAAUUGAUAUGGAUACUAUAGAUGUUUCAAACUUGAAUCGUCAGUUUUUGUUUAGACCCGCUGACAUAGGGAAGUCGAAAGCCGAAGUAGCUGCAAGAGCAAUAGAACAAAGAGUGAAAGACAUCAAGAUCAAACCUUAUUUUGGAAAGAUUCAAGAUAAAUCCACAGAUUACUAUAAACAAUUCAGCGCCAUUGUCUGUGGCUUGGAUAAUGUUGAGGCAAGACGUUGGAUCAAUGCCACUUUGGUCUCACUUGUCGACGACGAAUUGAAUAACUUAAUUCCUUUGAUCGAUGGGGGUACGGAAGGGCUUAGGGGCCAGUCUAGGGUUAUCUUACCAACCUUGACUUCUUGCUACGAAUGUACGUUGGAUUUAAUAUCGCCCAAAACCACAUUUCCUGUCUGUACGAUUACCAAUACUCCAAGGUUACCAGAACAUUGCAUUGAAUGGGCAAGUGUAUUAGAAUGGCCAAGAGUCUUUUCAGGUAAAGCAUUUGACGCGGAUGAUCCAAAUGAUGUUGAUUGGAUGUAUAAAACAUCGAAAAUUAGAGCAGAGGAAUUCAAAAUCGAAGGCGUGACGAGACAAUUAACCUUAGGUGUGGUCAAGAACAUAAUACCUGCAAUCGCAUCUACUAAUGCAAUAAUUGCCGCAUCUUGCUGUAAUGAAACAUUUAAAUUUAUAACCAGCAUAAAUCCCAUUUUAAACAACUACAUGAUGUAUUCGGGAGAUGAUUCGGUAUUCACAUACACAUACUCUCAUGCUAAGAAACCAAGUUGUCCAGUUUGUGGAAGCUUGUCCAAGAAAGUUGAAGUAAAGAACUGGUGGACUUUAGAAAAGAUGAUUGAUGAAAUUAGCGCGAGACAAGAAGUGCAAAUGAAGCUGCCAUCACUUACCACGGCUCGAAAGUAUUUGUAUCUCAGGAUGCCCGAGAGUCUAGAAGAAAAGACAAGAAUCAAUUUAUCGAAGAAAGUCAAUACUAUGAUUGAAGAUGGAGAAGAGAUAAUAGUAACUGAUCCUAAUUUACCAAUUUCACUCAAAUUGAUCGUCAAGUUUCUGGGAUCAGAUUCAAUUCCGAAUGACAUUAAUUCUCUUUUGUCAUAG